AUGAUUGUCUUGGCACUUAUUUCGGUUUAUUUACAACGAAAAGAUAUUGAUAACCUAAAUAAUGAUUCGGCUCAAUUUACAACACAUUUGACUCUUCUAAAUGGAAGUCUCCCUCUGGGACGUCUCAGUGACGAAAAUUGUCAGACCAUUCAAACAGUGGUGAGUAUCUCUUCGAAGGAUAUCACUCCAAAAUUAGUAUUCUAUGUUAAUAGCUUCGUCAACGAGCUCAAUCCAGCUCGGCUACAAGGCAAUCAAAUCGAUAUUGUUGGUAUUUUACCUGGUGAAGGAAGAUGUCGUUUUGGAUCUUGUUUAAUAGAUCGAGCACGUGCUUUCGUUGCUCUUCUUCUUGUUUAUGGUCAAUUCAUCAUAAAUUUGGUACUUGCUGAUGGUAAACGCGUGAAUAUUGCUGCUACCUUUAGCAGUGGUUCAGUUGCUGGACAAACAAACAAUCCUGAUAUUAUCUUCUACGGAUUGAACAAUCAAAACCAAUUAUUACGUUUCAAUGCUCAAACUCCAAGCAGCGCCACUUCGACAGUGACGAUAACUGGACCGCACCUUCUCAAAAGAGAUACUUUUUCGAAUGAUAUACAGCUACUAAAUGAUUUAAGUAGCUGA